ACAACAAAAAUGGCGGCUGCUGAUGAUGCAUCGCUAGCACACGAUGUCGGUUCGCUGACUGUGAGCGAUAACAAGGAUCCUGUCACUUCAGACAUGACAGACAAAUUUGUAGAAAAUUGGGGAUUCAAACUUCCAGAAGUGUACAAACUCGCGUUGAAAUUCUACAAAGAAAAGGAUGGUAAAGCCAUUCAUCUUACCUACAAAGACAAGCUGAAGUUGGUGGCCUAUACAAAACAGGCCUCACAUGGGAAGUACCGUAAUGACAUCUCUCCCGAGGUGGGGUUCCUAGAUGUGGUUGGCAGUGACAGAAGACAAGCAUGGCAGGUACUUGGUGAUAUGCCACAAGAUAUUGCCAUGGAAGAGUUCAUCAAACUGUUGGACAGCCUCAGUACCUUGUUCAGGCCAUACAUAGAUGCCCAUAAAGUUGAACAGCUGGAGAAAAUCCGGAAACAGAAAGAAGAUGAAGAGAGGAAGAGAAUAGAAGAGGCUGAGAGAGAACAGCAGAGGCUUGAGGAGGAAGCAAAACGUCAGCUGGAGAUGGAGAGACAAAAACAGAUGGAACAGGAAAUGCAGAUCCGGACAGCACUGAACCAGCAGACAGCUGUACAAUUUAGCCAGUAUGCCCAACAGCAGUAUCCCACCAACAAACAACAACAAGAGGAGCUGAUUCGCCAGCUUCAGGAACAACACUUCCAGCAGUACAUGCAGCAGGUGUACCAACAACAGUUGCUCCACCAGCAGCAGCAAUACCAACAGUUACAGGACAUGGCCCAGACCGGUCAGUCCGCCAGACCGCCAGCCCCAAAACCACAGGUGACUCACACUGAGGUCACACAAGCGGCCAUGCCCCUCCUACAGAAUGGUGAUAGCAGUUCCACCAAAGAGAACGGGCCCUUGUCUGUCCCUCCCCCAGUCUCUGUGCCGAGCAAUGAAGAUGACCAUCCAGACCAAAUCCCAGCUCCCAUGCCCAACCUGAUGCCUCCUUCAGUCUGGACACGUAAAGGUGGCCAAGGCUUCAAAGAUUCAGUUAAGGGUUGCAAAGAAAAUGUCAUUUACAUUGGUUCCUUGGCUACUGCCACGGUGCGAGUGCCAACACAUAUAGAUGGGACGUGUCUAUUCUGGGAGUUUGCCACAGACUAUUAUGACAUUGGCUUUGGUGUGUACUUUGAGUGGUCAGUGGCUCCAAACAACACUGUCAGUGUCCACAUCAGUGAGUCCAGCGACGAAGAAGAGCUGGAGGAUGAACCAGUUGAAGAAAAAAGUGAUAUAGAGAAAGGAUCAAAGCGAGACGACCGUCCACCAACCGAUGAAAUAAUUCCAGUUUAUAGACGGGACAGCCAUGAGGAAGUGUACUGUGGUAGCCAUGCCUAUCCUGGACAGGGGGUGUAUCUACUCAAGUUUGACAACUCCUACUCACUGUGGCGUUCAAAGACUCUUUAUUACCGUGUCUACUACAGCAGAUAGUGAUAUACAGUGUCACGGUCCUAGAGGCAUCAAGAUCACGUGUGAAAGAAUGGGAUGGAUUUCUGAGGAAGGUUGAGUGUGCUGUAGUACAAAGUCACAUGUUCAUUCGUAACAUGCUUUAGCUCUUUGUCAUUUCUGAGUAUGAUGUAACGUUUUAGCUACUUAAAAAACAAUAAUCAAAUCCUACAACAGAUGUUUGAUUUUGACGGUAUAUUUUUGUGUGUGUGAGUGACAGGAAUGAUUCGGCUUACCUUCCAUUGUGUGAGACUUGUAAGCUAUUUUUGUGAUGUCAUGUUGUCUUUAUUCUCUGGGUAUUACAACUAUCUCACCUUUCACCUUGCUUAAUCUCGGUAUGAGUAGCAGACUCUGGUUUUCAUACGCUGGUGUCUGUAAUGAAUGAAAUGCCUGCAAGAAGAUGUAUAGCUCACCAGGUGCUGCCUAUUGACUUAUUAUGCCAUCUGACAUCAGACUUCAUUUUAGAAAACUUCCUAUUGUUUAUAGGAGUCUUAUCAUAAAAUGGACAAAAUUGUACAUUAAUCACAAAAAUGUAAGUCUCCCAAAACGUUUCUAUGGUGGUACAGCCUCAAUACUCCAGUGAUUACCUUCACUUUCACUCUCUGCAUCCCAGGAUUAGUGGAAUAUAUAUAUCCUCGAUACUCAGUUUUAAUAUUCACUUUCACUCUCUAUACUCCUGGAAUAUUCCAUCACAAAAUUGACCACCACCUUGUGGACACAACAUUAAAAGACUAGUGUGACCCUUUGAUGUACAACGAAAUGAAUCUCAAGGUCAUCAUUCCAUUUAGAUUGACUGGCUUGUUUCUCCACUGUGAUCUUCAAAAGAAAUGCAUCUGCUUAGCGAUUGGUCAGAUGUUUUUCCUGACACCAAUCAAAUAGCUAGUUGUGUGCCUUACUGCAUUCAACAUUGUUAUUCCAGGGUGCAGAGAGUGAAAAUGAAUGUAACCCCUGGAUUAUUGAGGAGGAUGGUGAUAAUGGUAUACAAGUUGUCGUGUAGUUGAUAAAUCACAAACGUCAUGUGAUAUGCAUGUCAGUGAUAUAGAAUGGAGGGUGAAUGAUUACAGGCCCAUUUUGCCUUUUGCUAUACAGGAAAGUAACACAAAAAUAGGAAGUAUAGAGAGAGAUUUAUUGAAAUCCCAGAAAGACACAGACUAGCUAAUAUUGUAAAUAUAAGUUAAGCUAUUCAUUUAACAUUGCAUUUAUUUUAUAUGUGUAUAUUUCUUAGGAACAAAUUUUGUUAUAAGAAAAUAAUAUUGGCUUUAUUUAAAAUAAGUAAUCAUGCCAUGCAUAAUUAUAAUCAAUCACUGAUAAUAAAGUUGAAUUUUAGUAUAACAGACUAUUUAAAUUAGCACGCCUGUACAGCCCACAUGCUGCUUGUUUGUCCUAUUAAAAGGGAGUGUAGUUUGCUCUCUGUCAGAGCAUCAAUUGCCCGGUAAUCAUCUGUCUGUCUCCGCAUCAGUUGGUCUGGGGCACACCUCUAGUACUCGCCUCAAUUGCCAUAUUACAUGUGCGAGUCUAGAAAUGGUGGAAGGUCUAUAUUACAUGUGUGAGUCUAGGGAUGGUGGAAUGUCUAUAUUACAUGUGUGAGUCUAGGGAUGGUGGAAUGUCUAUAUCACAUGUGUGAGUCUAGAGAUGGUGGAAUGUCUAUAUCACAUGUGUGAGUCUAGGGAUGGUGGAAUGUCUAUAUUACAUGUGCGAGUCUAGAGAUGGUGGAAUGUCUAUAUCACAUGUGCGAGUCUAGGGAUGGUGGAAUGUCUAUAUCACAUGUGAGUCUAGGGAUGGUGGAAUGUCUAUAUCACAUGUGCGAGUCUAGGGAUGGUGGAAUGUCUAUAUCACAUGUGCGAGUCUAGGGAUGGUGGAAUGUCUAUAUUCCAUGUGUGAGUCUAGGGAUGGUGGAAUGUCUAUAUCACACGUGUGAGACUAGGGAUGGUUGAAUGUCUAUAUCACAUUUGCGAGUCUAGUGAUGGUGGAAUGUCUAUAUCACAUGUGCGAGUCUAGGGAUGGUGGAAUGUCUAUAUCACAUGUGUGAGUCUAGAGAUGGUGCAAUGUCUAUAUUCCAUGUGCGAGUCUAGGGAUGGUGGAAAGUCUAUAUUACAUGUGCGAGUCUAGGGAUGGUGGGAUGUCUAUAUCACAUGUGCGAGUCUAGGGAUGGUGGAAUGUCUAUAUCACAUGUGUGAGUCUAGAGAUGGUGGAAUGUCUAUAUCACAUGUGUGAAUCUAGAGAUGGUGGAAUGUCUAUUUCACAUGUGUGAGUCUAGAGAUGGUGGAAUGUCUAUAUCAUAUGUGUGAGUCUAGGGAUGGUGGAAUGUCUAUAUCACAUGUGCGAGUUUAGGGAUGGUGGAAUGUCUAUAUCACAUGUGAGUCUAGGGAUGGUGGAAUGUCUAUAUCACACGUGUGAGACUAGGGAUGGUGGAAUGUCUAUAUCACAUGUGUGAGUCUAGAGAUGGUGGAAUGUCUAUAUCACAUGUGCGAGUCUAGGGAUGGUGGAAUGUCUAUAUCACAUGUGUGAGUCUAGAGAUGGUGGAAUGUCUAUAUCACAUGUACGAGUCUAGGGAUGGUGGAAUGUCUAUAUUACAUGUGUGAGUCUAGAAAUGGUGGAAUGUCUAUAUUACAUGUGCGAGUCUAGGGAUGAUGGAAUGUCUAUAUCACGUGUGAGUCUAGAAAUGGUGGAAUGUCUAUAUCACAUGUGCGAGUCUAGAAAUGGUGGAAUGUCUAUAUCACAUGUGCGAGUCUAGGGAUGGUGGAAUGUCUAUAUCACAUGUGUGAGUCUAGAGAUGGUGGAAUGUCUAUAUCACAUGUGUGAGUCUAGGGAUGGUGGAAUGUCUAUAUUACAUGUGCGAGUCUAGGGAUGAUGGAAUGUCUAUAUCACGUGUGAGUCUAGGGAUGGUGGAAUGUCUAUAUCACAUGUGCGAGUCUAGGGAUGGUAGAAUGUCUAUAUCACAUGUGCGAGUCUAGGGAUGGUGGAAUGUCUAUAUCACAUAUGCGAGACUAGGGAUGGUGGAAUGUAUAUAUCACAUGUGUGAGUCUAGGGAUGGUGGAAUGUCUAUAUCACAUGUGUGAGUCUAGGGAUGGUGGAAUGUCUAUAUUCCAUGUGUGAGUCUAGGGAUGGUGGAAUGUCUAUAUCACACGUGUGAGACUAGGGAUGGUGGAAUGUCUAUAUCACAUGUGUGAGUCUAGGGAUGGUGGAAUGUCUAUAUCACAUGUGUGAGACUAGGGAUGGUUGAAUGUCUAUAUCACAUGUGUGAGUCUAGGGAUGGUGGAAUGUCUAUAUCACAUGUGUGAGACUAGGGAUGGUGGAAUGUCUAUAUCACAUGUGUGAGUCUAGGGAUGGUGGAAUGUCUAUAUCACAUGUGCGAGACUAGGGAUGGUGGAAUGUCUAUAUCACAUGUGCGAGUCUAGGGAUGGUGGAAUGUCUAUAUCACGUGUGAGUCUAGAGAUGGUGGAAUGUCUAUAUCACAUGUGUGAGUCUAGAGAUGGUGGAAUGUCUAUAUUCCAUGUGUGAGACUAGGGAUGGUGGAAUGUCUAUAUCACAUGUGCGAGUCUAGGGAUGGUCGAAUGUCUAUAUCACAUGUCAAAUGUAGAUCUUACUGAGUUAUGCCCCUUUAUUACUUAGCUCAGUUUGUCUGGAGUAUGUCCCAAAUUUGGGAGGCAAUAACCACUUGCAGUGUCAAAAACUCAAGGAAGAGUUGUUGAAUUUGAAAGAGAUUUAUUCAAUUGUAUAACCAUUUGUUAUAUAAAAAAAGACAGUACUUAAGGCUUGUAUUUAAUUUGCAAUAGAAUAUCACGGACACUGGUCCAUUUCCAAUAAACACUUCAAAUGUCUGGUUGUACAUGUAUUACUUGUAAACUAUUGCAGCGCUUGUGUGUCAACAGAUUUCGUGAAUGUAUCGUCUAUAAAUAAUUUUGUUGGUGUUUCAGUGUUUGUUUACAGGAUAACCGAGAGCUUCAGCUAUAUCAUAUCGGGUCGAAAAUUAUUUAUUAUUCUUUUUGUUAUUGCUUUUUUUUUAUUAUAAUUGAUAUUUACAUGUACAUAAAAGAUUAACAUCAGUCUUGAAUAAAUUGUGUGGUAGUGGAUACAGGAAAGUUUAAAUUUCUCUCGGACAUAAUUAUAAAUUAUAGUCUUAAUUUCCUUUGACUCACACUCAGCUGUUAAUGGCAAAUCACCUGCCUUCAAGCCAUCAAAAUUACCUGUGUAUAGGUGGUUGAGAGCCAAAUGAAACUAGGGACCUCAUAGUGAGGACCCCCAUUGGAGGUGUGACUGCUACAUGUUGUGAAUUGAUCUUUCAUUUGUUUGACCCAACACUUGCCAAUAAGUGUUGAAUUAUAUCAUAAAUAGGAAUACAUUUCAGUACAAAAGUUUAAUCAGCUCCUAAUUACGAUUUUGUGGGAUGUUUGCGCUUUUAAAUACAAUAGUCCUUGAAGAUAUUCUAAUUGUUUUCAUGCCCCAUGUAACUUAUAAACUUAGAUCUGCUCUCCACAUCCCAUACCUAAAUAAUGUGAUCAGAUUGAUUAUUACCUGUAAAAUUGAAACUAACCUUGAUUAUUACCUGUAAAAUUGAAACUAACCUUGAUUAUUACCUGUAAAAUUAAAACUAACCUGAAAUAAUUGUGACUUCCCGCUGUAUAUGCAGAAUGCAAUACAUAUAAUCUCUUUAAAUGUAUGUUUUAUGUCUGAGAGAAACAAAAAUAUGAAAAUCUGAAAUCUACCAUUUCUAAAGCUUUCAACAACAUGUAAUCAAUCAAACACUUUUACCAUUAGGUCUGCUUUACGUGGGUCAUAUAAUGAUAACGAAUAAUGGAACAAUUUUAAGAACAUAGAAAAAAUAAACACAAUAUUGGAACAGUUUGAAAGAAAAAUAAUAUUUUGAGGAACAGGAUAUCUUUUUUUUCUCUGAUAUUUGUUCACUUCUUUCGUAACUGAUGAAAGUCUCCCAUUUGUCAACUUUCUGUUGUUUAAAAUAAUAGGCAAGUCUCAGACCGGGGGAAAAUAAUAUAUUAACUCCUUGUCUUAUGCAGGUUUUCAUAAAUGAGGAAGAAUAAAUAUUUUAAACUUUAACCUGGCUGUGGAAUGGCUAUGGACUGUCAAUGUUUGUAUAACAUGUUGGUUAGACCUUGUAGUCUAAAUUGUCCCGUCUGUCCAGAGGGACAUUUCAUGUCUGUCCAACUGUCUACUGCUGUUUAUCACAUGUCUAGUGUAGCGUACAUGUGUUGUUUCUCAGAGUAACCUACCGUAUUUAUCCGACAGUAAGUCCAUGCCUGGUAAUAAGGUCAUCCAUGUUUAUUGCUAUUCGGUAAAAUGGCAACAAAUGCUUUUUCAUUGCCUGCAAUAAGCCCACUUUCUAAUCGUGAGUUUAGUGUUGACCCCUUAUUAAAGGAUAAAUGCGGUAAUAGGUGAUUGUUAUGUACUGUUACUAUAGUAACCAGCAGGUAUUUGUUAUACAUUUUGUUGUAUUUAUUAUCUAUAUGUGUACAGUGCUGCCUAUUUAAAAGAUCUUAUUGAAAUGUUAUUGAAUAAAUAGAAUGUAUGACUGA